AUGAAUUCCAACAAUAAUAAUAACAAUGACAGUUCAAGUGAGGAUGAUAUAUAGGUGUAUGAAACACUUACAAAAUUACCUCCUGCAAAUGAAUUACUACCAAGGAAAUUGACAAUUGAUAUUGAUGUUAAAUCAUUAUACCCACUUAAGUAAAUAAUUAUUUUUUAAUACAUUUAGAUCACUUCCAUAAUUUUUUAAAACUUAUGUCCCUUUUUUAGAAGAAUCAACACAACGUAAUUGUGCAAUUUCUGAAACUCCUAUUAAUGAUGAUAAUAGAACUCUUCUUGAUUAUUAUGAUGAAAAUAAACAAAAUCUUGUGUAUAAGCGAUUUGAUCAGUUGGAUUUAGGAAAAAGGACUAGUAAUGACAGAACAUAUUUUGCCACUCUAAUUGCUAAUUUUAAAAGGUAUUUAUAAUGCUAAACAAAGAGCACAGCCAAGAGUUUACUUUAGAGGAGAAGCACUUUUUGAUUAAAAAUUAACAUCCUGCACUUCUGAUUAAAUUCAAUUUGAUUCAAAUUUUGAAUCAGGCAACCUCUUUUGUGCCUUUAAGAAAUCAGAAAAUGUGUAUGAUUUAGUCAUCUAAAAUGAUAUUAAUACAAGGGGAAACACUUAAUGGUUCUUUUUUAGUGUAACUGGAGCUAAGGCUGGAUAGACCAUAUAAUUUAAUUUGCUCAAUCAUGUAUAAGAUCGUUUCUCAUAACAAUCUAGUUGAAAAGUGGCAGUCUUUUUAAUGAGGGAUUGCAACCAGCUGUCUAUUCUAUUAAGGAUAACCAAUUAAAUGGAACUGAAUGGUGUAGAGAUGGAUUCAACAUUAGCUAUUUUAAAAGUCCAUUUAUGAAGGAAUAUCCACUUUCUUUAAAAAAGAAAUACUAUCAGUUAAGAUUUCAUUACACAUUCAAACAUAAUGAUGAUAAGGUCUACUUUGCUCAUUCUUAUCCAUACACUUAUACAAAUUUAUUAGAAUUCUUAAAUACACAGUUAGAUGAUCAAGAAAGAAAUUAGUAAUCUUUAUUAAUAUAAUAUAGACAUCUAUCACGUAAAGUUCUAUGUACUACUCUUGGUGGAAAUACUUGUGAAGUGUUAACCAUAACUUAAAAUACACUUUAACGUAGAGCCUAUAGAAAAGGUGUUGUCUUUCUAGCUAGACAACAUCCAGGUGAACCUUAAGGUUCUUAUGUAAUGCAAGGAAUUAUAGAAUUUCUUACAUCUAAUAAUCCAUAGGCUGAAUAUUUGAGAUAGAAUUGCAUCUUUAAAAUAUUCCCAAUGAUGAAUCCAGAUGGUGUUGUUAAUGGAAAUUAUAGAUGUGGAUUGGAAGGCAGUGAUUUAAAUAGAAGAUGGAAAAAGCCAAAUAAAUAUCUACAUCCUAGUGUUUAUUAUGCUAAAAAGUAUGUUAAAGGAUUUAGUAAAGAGAGAUAAAUCAUUCUUGUUAUUGAUUUGCAUGGUCAUUCUAGAAAGUAAGUUUAUAAUAUGUAUUAUAUUAAGAUAAUCUUCAUUUGUUUAUGGAUGUGCCUAUUCUUCUUAAGUUAAAACAAUUGAAAGAGUCUUUGCUUUAUUGAUGGCUAAAUUAAAUCCAUUUAUGGAUUAUCCCUCUUGUACCUUUAGAAUUGAGAAUUCAAAAGAUAAAACAGCAAGAAUAUAAUUAUGGAGAGAAUUAAAAAUUAAUUGGGUUUAUACUUAUGAAUGCAGUUUUUAUGGUUAAUAGAAAAAACAUUUCUAGGUUAAAGAUUAUCUUAAUUGUGGUGUUAGUAUUUGUAAUGCUCUAUCAUAAAUUGUUAAAGAUACAUCAAAAGAAUUUACUAAUUAAGCAAAUGUUCCUGAUAUUUAAUAGUAAAUACUUGAAGAAUUAGGUAAGAUGCCAUAAACUGAUGAUUAAGAUAAUGGAUCAGAUUCUAGUUAAUCUGAAGCUGAAUUAUCAGAUGAUGAAUUAGUUCAAUUAUUUUAACCCAAGACUUAUACAACUAAACAAAAAAAUUACUUAAAGUAAUAAGAAUUUAAUAAUAAAAAAAAACCUUAACCUGUUAAUCCAAAAUCUACAUUAAACUCAUAAAAAGCAUCUAUUUUAUAAGAAUCACCUUCUAAAAAUUCAGACUAAAAACCUCCAAUGAGCAGUUAAAAACCUAAGAAUACUCUUUAUAGAAUCUAAGCUCCUUAAAGAUUAAGAUAAAUUGAGUAAGCCAAACAACCUGAUCCACCACUUAUGGUUGAUAAAUCAGUAUAGACAGAUGAUUGGAUGUAUAGAUAAUGGCUUAUUCAAAUGGGAAAGAUGAAAAAAUAGUAAGAAUUUUUAAGUGUAACUCCAACAAGAAAUAUAUACAAAUCAUCAUCACAAUCAGUAACUAGAUUUAUUGUUAAAAAUUCAUCAACUAAAAAUGAUAGAGGGCGUGUAGAUUCAAUUUCACUAGUAUCAUCAGGUUUAUAAAAUAAAUUAAGUAAUUAUUAACUAUCAAAUAAGUUUCCUCUAGUCAAUAGCGGUAAAUGAUGAGAUACUCUGGAAGUAACUUUAUGUCUUGA